GGAGGAGGAGGAGGAGGAGGAGGAGAGGAAGGCGCCGCCGAGAAGCGGCAGGAGGCGGAGGCCGGGCCGCCAAGACCCCCCCUCCCCCGUCCCCCCAGCGCCCGGACCGUUGCGCAGUCCCCGGCUCGCCGUCCGGGCCCUGCCGGCGGCGCGGCACCGAGCGGGGCGGCGGGGCUGAUUCAUGGGGCCGCGGCGGCCGCCCCCCCGCGCCCGGGCCCCCGGCGCCCCGCAGCCCGCGAUGGUGGCCGAGUGGCCGGAGCGGCGGCCGCCGCGGCCGGAGACUCUCUUCUAACCUUCCCGCCCCGGUCCCCCCUCCCCUUGCCCCCUGCUCCCCUCCCCGCCCCGCACCCCGCCCCCCCUCCCCUCCCCCUGCCCAAAAAGACGCGGAUCGCUGCCUGGAGUGGCGCCUCCAGUCGCGGGGAGCGCGCGCCGGCGGCGGAUGGAGGGCGCGAGCGGGCGGCCGCGGUGGCUGCACCCGGCGGGGCGCUGAUGCGGCGCCGGCACCUUCGCUGCGCGGCUCCGGGGGCGUCGGCCGAGGGCUCUCCGCGAUGCAGCUGCUGAAGGCGCUCUGGGCGCUCGCGGGGGCCGCGCUCUGCUGCUUCCUCGUCCUGGUGAUCCACGCGCAGUUCCUGAAAGAAGGUCAGCUGGCCGCCGGCACCUGUGAGAUUGUGACCCUGGACCGGGACAGCAGCCAGCCUCGGAGGACGAUCGCCCGGCAGACGGCUCGCUGCGCCUGCAGGAAGGGGCAGAUCGCGGGCACCACAAGAGCGCGGCCCGCCUGCGUGGACGCGCGGAUCAUCAAGACGAAGCAGUGGUGUGACAUGCGGCCCUGCCUGGAGGGCGAAGGCUGCGACCUGCUCAUCAACCGCUCCGGCUGGACCUGCACGCAGCCCGGAGGGCGCAUCAAGACUACCACGGUCUCCUGACAAACGCAGGCCCCGCAGGGCCCGGAGGGGCUGGGCUCCCUGGAGAGGCCGCCCGGCCAGGGCCCUCCUGCCGCGACGCCCUCUCUGCAGUCGGCCGCCCUCCGUUCUCUGCAGCCCGACCGGACGGACGGCCACGUCCCGGGCCUUCUGAGCUGAGCCUGUCCGGCUGCACGUCGAAUCCCGCCUGGGACGCAGUGGGGGUGCCCCGCGUCCCCCCGAGCCUGGCCUCGCCUGCCUUCCCUGGCCAGACCCUGGCUGUGCCCCCGGAAGAGGAGGAAGAGGAGGAGGAGGAGGAGGAGGAGGAGCCGGAGGGGCUGCAGCCCAGAGACCGACAGCCGGUCGGCAGGACUGACUCUUGGGCGCCGCAGGGGCCUCUCGGCGCCCAGACUGUCCGAGUCGCUUUUAUUUUCUUACCCUUCAGUAUACUCGAUAGACCAAAGAGCAAAUCUAUUUUAACGCGGACUCGCCCCCACGCCCGGGCCCGGGCCCCACGGGCACGGGCACAGACAUGCUGGCGGCCCCGGCCCCGCGCCGAGGGCGGCCCCGGCCGAGACCCCCGCCCCACGAACACUGCGGGGCGCCCUGAGCCCCCGCACCGCGGGGAGGAUGCCGGCUGCCCCGCGGGACGGCCCGUCCCCACGCGGGGACACGGCCGCGGGCCGCCCCCCACGCCACACGGACUGACCUACUAAACCCGUUUUAACCACGUCGCCCGCCUCGUCGCUCCAUUUCCGACCGAUCGCGGGAGGCUCGGUCUUCGCCGCGCGCAUGCUGCGUCUCCUGGGACUGCCGUCUCAUCGAUGCACCAUUUAGCUCCAGAAAGCAAUGAAAGGAAACUGAAGUAACCCUUGUUUGAAAGAGAUCAUUAAAUGUAUUUUGCAAAGCCUAAA